CGCGCAUGCGGCCUGUCCCCACACCGGCGGCCGCCAUGUUGGUUGUCAGAGGCCCUGCAGCUGGAGCUGGGGCCGGGGGGAGGUGGAGGUGCUGCCGCUGCUCGGUGUCAGUCCGGGGAUUGGUGUUUGAGGGGUAUUAGAAAUUGUACAAGUCUUUGCCGCAAUGUCGUAUAUGCUGCCACAUCUCCACAAUGGCUGGCAAGUAGACCAGGCCAUCCUGUCAGAGGAGGAUCGUGUUGUUGUCAUUCGCUUUGGUCAUGAUUGGGAUCCAACUUGUAUGAAGAUGGAUGAGGUCUUGUAUAGUAUUGCUGAAAAGGUGAAAAACUUUGCUGUUAUUUAUCUAGUGGAUAUUACAGAGGUACCAGACUUCAACAAGAUGUAUGAAUUGUACGAUCCAUGUACUGUUAUGUUUUUCUUCAGAAACAAGCACAUCAUGAUUGAUUUGGGCACAGGCAACAACAACAAAAUUAAUUGGCCCAUGGAAGAUAAGCAGGAGAUGAUUGACAUUGUUGAAACAGUUUACAGAGGAGCCCGCAAAGGAAGGGGUCUUGUGGUAUCUCCAAAGGACUAUUCCACCAAAUAUAGAUAUUGAGGAGUUUUGAAUGUUCAGCUGAACAGUUCACCAUAAGCUUCAUCCUGGAAGUACUAUUCUUGAAUAUGAAGCACCAACUUUCAAAAUGCAUCUGUUUAUACAUUUGCCUAGGAUAUCCUCACUGUUAUCUACUACACAAUUCAUAAACUAUAUAUGAAUAGAAAGUCAUGUUUUUUCAAUUUUUUUUGUUGUGAUAAACCGAAAUUGUUGAUUUAUUUUCCCUUUUUUUUACAAAAAUAAUAAAUUAUGCAACUGUGUCCUGUAUCUGGUAAUAUUUCAUUUUGGGUAGAGUACUUUUGAAUAUUUGACUCAGUGUAGUUUGCACUUCCUUAAUAUCCAAAUAAAAAUAGAACAAUGCCAUGUGAUUGGACUUGGGUUUUCCAGUCAUACUACAGAAGGGAAAUCUAAUUAAAGUUUCUGUCAGUAUUCUGUUUGAAGAGAUAAGCUACCAGUCCCUUUAUUAACAGUGAUUAUAUACAUUUUAUAAACCCUACUAUGUACUAAGCUAAAUUUUCAAUCAGCGUUGAUUGGGUGAUAAAAAAUCUAUUAACUUCAACUAUCAGCAAGAAUCAAUGCUCCCAGCAUUUAUUCUUGACUGCAUAUCCUUCACACAUUAUUUUUGUUCUCUUUCCCACCCCGACCCCCAAAAUAAACAAUUAAGUGCCUUGAACUAGGACCCAGGUCCACAAUCUACAUACUCUUGUGACUGUGUAUUUCAUAAGAUAUUGAUAUUCAAUAUGUAGUUUCUGUUCUUUGUAUUAUAUGAACAGCCAUAAACUACAAGUUUGGGCUGUAUCAACCAAUUAAUUUGGCAAAUAACUUUAGAUUUUAUCAAAUUGACCAUGUGUUUGAAAUAUUGUCAACUGUCGUUUCUUGAGUAAGGUCAUUGUUUCUUGCAUUUGUGAGCCUGUUUGAAAUUUUUGUGUCGCUGCCAUAAUGGAAGAUGCCUUUUCAAAAGCCAAGUGUCUUAAUAUGAAAGUAACUCCAUACUGUACCAUUUAUUCGGAUGUAUCGCUAAACUUCAUGGUCACCAUUUAAAAGUGAAUAGCACUGACUUUUCCUUUCUCGUGCUAAUCACAUUCAAUAGUACUAAUGGAUAAUUCCAUAUUUAUCUAGACAAAAAAGAUAAUGGAAGUGAUCUCAAUAACUUGACUGUUGAAACUCAACUACUAUUUUGUAGUCAAAUGAACUGCUAAUUAAUACUUUUAUUUAAAAAUGCAUUGCUCAUUUCAUAGAAUGUCAAAACAGUAAUCCAUCCUGUUCUAUGAUAGUUCUGAUUGAUGAGUGUUACUCAAUCAUCAGCUAUUCAGACAUGUACUACUGAAGGCUGGUGUCUUGUAAUUAAGGUAAUGGAUUCUUAGUUUAGCAUCUGAGUGUCACUGGUUGUCUAUGGAACAAGCUCAGUAAUUGAAAUCUACAUAAGUGACAACGGUAUGUGUAAUAACUCACCAGACUUUCGAGAGACACGAAGGUUAGAAUGGUAUGGAAGAAGGCAUGUAUUUUUAUAGCAUCUUCACAGGACCAAGGUUGGGGAAGGAGUUUGGAGGUGAAAUAAUUAAUCAAUCCUUCUUUCUACUACAAUUUCUGUUCAAAGAGAUUCAGACCUUGCCUGCUAUUACCUCAUAUAGGUAUUGUAGCACUUGGAUAGAAACUCCAAUUGGUGAAAUGUGGAUAUAGUGGAAAAUGUCAGUUUGUUAAUUUGGCCGUGUGAAAGUUGUACACAUAAGUGUCAUACACCAUGGAAGCAGGCCCUUACGUCCAACCGGUCCAUGCUGAUAAUGUUCCCAAACUAAAUUAGUCCCACCUGCCUGCACUUGGCCCAUAUCCCUCCAAACCUUUCCUGUUCAUGAACUUACCCAAAUGUCUUUUAAAUGUUGUAACUGUAACUAUCUGCAGCAACCAUUUUGGCAAUUCAUUCCACACACGAACCACAUUGUGUAAGAAAGGUUGCCCUUCAUACCGUUCUUAAAUCAUUCUCCUGUCACCUUCGAAAUAGGGCCCCUAGUUUUGAACUAUCCCACCAUAGGGAAAAGACCUUUGUCAUUCACCUUGUGUAUGCUCCAUGUGGUUUCAUCAACCUCAGUAAAGUCACCCCCUCAACCUUGUACACUCCAGUGAAAAAAAAAGUCCUAGCCUUUCCAUUUUUUUAAUAUCUCAACCCCUCUGUUCCUGGCAACACCUAGAUAUACCUAAGAUUGAUAUCAAACCCUUUGUGACAAAUUGACCAAUAAUUCAGAAUUCUAAGUUGCUCUUUAAGUUAAAUGGUUUGCAUCAUCUGCUAUAUUUUUCUCUUUGUCAUUGUCAGAAGUGAAGUGUUUACUGUGUUCAUGACUCCCUCCUUGCAUUCUCCAAUAAAAAGAAUACACCAGUGCA